AUGAGAGAUUGGAGGCAAAAAGAUAUACUUCAAACAAAUUUGAAAACUAAGGAUGAGACCAAUCCGUCACCCUCAGAAGGCAGCAUCUAUGAAGUGAAUUUAUCCCAAUGGAAGAUAAUGGAACGAAUUGGGAACAGUGGCCUGAAGGGCCUCAUUUUUAAAAAUGAAUGGGAGUCCAAAAGAAAACUCGAAAGCCAAGAGGGAUCUCAGGAGGGAUAUCUCAGACAAAUGAAAGUCACCUCUGAAAAAAUGGCCUCUUACCAAAAGCGUCCAUCUGCUACUCCACGCCCGAGAAUCCAUUUUGGGGAGAAACCCUACGAGUGUGAUGACUGUGGUAAAGCCUUUCGAGUCCGCCAACAGCUUACAUUUCAUCAGAGAAUUCAUACUGGCGAGAAGCCCUAUGGAUGUAAGCAGUGUGGGAUGGCUUUUCGGCAGACUGCACACCUUAGCAGACAUCAGAGGCUUCAUUCUGGUGACAAACCGUAUGAGUGUAAGGAGUGUGGGGAAGCGUUCACCUAUGGCCCAGACCUUAGAGCACACCAAAAGACUCACAGCGGUGAGAAGCCAUACGCCUGUAAGGAGUGCGGCAAGGCCUUCAGGGUACGGGGACAGCUGACUCUCCAUCAGAGGAUCCACACUGGGGAGAAGCCCUAUGCGUGUAAAGAAUGUGGGAGGGCCUUCAGGCAGUACGCACACCUCACUCGACACCAGAAGCUUAACAGUGCUGACAGACUCUACGAGUGCAAGGAGUGCGGGCAAGACUUCCUGUGUGGCUCUGGCCUUCGAGCUCAUUACAGACUUCACACAGGCGAGAAGCCCUAUGAAUGCCAGGACUGUGGGAAGGCCUUUAGAGUGCGUAGUGAGUGUGGGAAGACCUUCAGUCGGGGUUAUCAUCUUAUUCUCCACCACAGAACACAUACGGGCGAAAAGCCGUACGAAUGCAAGGAGUGUUGGAAGGCGUUCAGCAGAUACUCACAGCUGAUUUCUCAUCAGAGUGUUCAUAUCGGAGUUAAACCCUAUGACUGCAAAGAGUGUGGGAAAGCCUUCAGGCUGCUCUCACAGCUUACACAGCACCAGAGCAUCCACGCUGGCGAGAAGCCCUACACCUGUAAGGAGUGUGGGAAGUCUUUUAGGUUGCGUCAGAAACUUACUCUACACCAGAGCAUCCACACUGGUGAAAAGCCCUUUGAAUGUAAGGAGUGUAGGAAGGCCUUUCGACUGAAUUCUUCUCUGAUCCAACAUCUGCGAAUUCACUCUGGUGAGAAACCUCCAUAA